UUAUCUACUGGGGCAACACUGGUGUGACGAGACCCAUUGUGCAUUUUUUCUAAAUUAAAAUGGCAUAUGCAAGCCAAAAAUUUGUUAAAUAAAGUGCUAUACGGUGUACAAAAGUGAUUGCAGGUAUGCUGCAAUUAAAUUAAAGAACAGAAACGCUGUUUUUCAAGCAUCAACAUAGCAGGUUUUCUGCAUGAAAAACUAUGCGCGUGUGAGUGAAAUUCCAACAAUGCGCAGGGAACAAGCUGGCUAAAAUUUCUUUAUGCAAAGCGUACGCAACAAAAAAGAAGCUAGCGAUCAAGCAACGCGAAGGCCAGAAAAAAAUUAUACCUGGUUGCAUGUUGUGUAUGUGUGGCGGCGGCUAUAAAAAAAACUUAAUCACAAGGUCUAAAGUUCAGCACAUAUCAUCCAACUGAUUGGCAUGCCGUAGCUGCAGUAGCAGUAGCAGCAGCAGCAGCAUUAGCAGCGCCUUAAUGGAUCCAUAUCAUCAUAUCAGACAUCAUCAGUAUCCACCCACUAGCACAGCCGGCUCAACGGUGGUUGGCAGCGGCACCACCGGCUCAAUAAAUCGACCAGAAUUGCAUCAAAAAUGCAAUCGUGGCUCGCACUCGAGUGACACAAGUUCAGCGUACAGCGGCAGCGAUACAAUGGCCUCUGUCUAUGGAUCAUCGCUGGAGGCCGAGGAGAUUGAUCUCUCCGGCCUCGUUGAGUCUGUGGUGGACUCCGAUGAGGAGGAUCUUGCCGAGAGCAUGGAUAGCCUCAAUGUGCGUGAUGCCGUGCGAGAUUGCCUCGAGAAGGAUCCGUCGGAGCGCAGCGAAGAUGAUGUGGAAAUACUGCUGGAGUUUACGCAGGGCCUCAAGGCAUUCACAAACAUAACGCUGGCGGUGCGACGCGCCCUCUGCUCCGUGAUGGUGUUCGCUGUGGUCGAUAAGGCCGGCACAGUCGUCAUGUCCGAUGGCGAGGAGCUGGAUUCCUGGUCGGUGCUAAUCAAUGGCGCCGUGGAAAUCGAGCAUGCGAAUGGCACACGCGAAGAGCUCCAAAUGGGCGAUUCCUUUGGCAUAUUGCCCACAAUGGAUAAGCUAUAUCAUCGCGGCGUGAUGCGCACCAAAUGCGAUGAUUGUCAAUUUGUGUGCAUCACACAAACCGAUUACUAUCGCAUACAGCAUCAGGGCGAGGAGAAUACGCGCAGGCAUGAGGACGAACAGGGACGCAUUGUGAUGGUCACCGAACUGCGCUCCAUUGGCGGCAGCGGUGCGGAGAGCGCAACCACAACAGGCAGCGGCUCGGCAGCCACAGCUCAUUUAAAUACAAAGCGCGGUCAUGUGGUUAUUAGAGGCACACCUGAGCGGCUGCUACAGCAGCUUGUCGAAGAGAACUCGAUGACGGAUCCGACAUAUGUGGAGGAUUUCCUGCUAACGCAUCGCAUUUUCAUACACAAUCCGCAAGAGGUGACCAGAAAGCUAUUGCACUGGUUCGAUCUGGAGCAACUGGAUUCGCACAAAACCCAAGAGUUGCGCGAUCGUGUUACCCGCGUCGUGCUGCUCUGGGUGAACAAUCAUUUCACAGAUUUUGAGGCUGAUCACGAAAUGAUGGAGUUCCUGGAGAUCUUUGAGGCUGGCCUGGAAAGUAAAAAGCUGCUUAGUCAGCUCCGUUUGCUGCACAUCGCGUGUGCAGCCAAAGCGCGCAUGCGCAGUUGCAUUUUAACGCGCUCUUCACGCGAUGAACCACUUAAUUUCCAAAUCAUUGGCGGCUACGAACUGCGCGGCGUGGCCGCAGCUACGGGCAAUGCCUCGGUAGGCAUAUACAUAUCGCACGUGGAGCCAGGCUCAAAGGCUCAGGAUGUGGGCCUCAAGCGUGGCGAUCAGAUACACGAGGUUAAUGGCCAAUCGUUGGAUCAUGUGACCAGCAAGCGUGCCCUGGAACUACUGACGGGCACCACGCAUUUGAGCAUUCAGGUGAAAAGCAAUUUGCUAGGCUUCAAGGAAAUUAUGCAGGCACUGGAGCAUGGCAGCGGCAGCAGCUCUGCAGGCGGUGGCAUCAGCUCCACCGGCAGCGGCAACGGCAGCUUUAAAAGCUUGCGCAGUCCACGGCGCAUUUGCGCCAACGAUAUUGCCAAGCUGCAUGGACGCAGCGACAGCACCACCGAGGAGCUAACCAAUCGUGCGCACAUGGUGCGCCUGAGUUCCGUGGACAUGCUACUGGAUCAGCCGGACUGUGCGCCACCUCAGACGCCGCCGGUGAGUGCGGGCAGCGGCAAUAUGGCUUCGAAUUUUAUGCAACAAUUGCUUCAAAGCGUCAAUUCAAAUUCGGCCAAGAAGUGCAGCGCUGAGGACAGCAAACCGGGAGGCUUCAUGACGCUGGCGCCCAAACGGCGACUGCAGAAAGCCUUAGCCAAAAUGAAUCUACUCAACAAACAGCAGCAGCCGCACGUGGGCGGCAGCCUAAACGACAGCUCCGACACGCUGCUCAAUGAGCCACAGUCCAAGGCAAAGCUAUCGGCCGCCAGUUCUGGCAGCAGCAGUUGCCAUUCCACAAAUGGUGUCUGCACUACCAGCGGACGCCUCUAUCAAUCGCAAUCUAAUCCGGAUCUGAGCAGUCUAAAUUAUGACAAUAGCGGCGAGCCGAGUGCCACGCUGCAAGUCAACUAUUUGCAGGCGCACUUGCAUCGCCCCUCCGCUGCCAGCACACUCACAAGCAGCUCAAUGCUGCCGCCCGACUAUCCGGAGCAUGUGCUCAAGGUGUACAAAUCGGAUCAGACAUGCAAAUACGUGCUCAUCUAUAAGGAGACGACGGCGCACGAGGUGGUCAUGCUGACGCUCCAGGAGUUUGGCAUACACGAUCCAAGCUCGAACUUUUCGUUGUGUGAGGUGAGCGUCGGGGAAGGCGGCAUGGUAAAGCAGCGUCGUUUGCCCGAUCAGCUACAGAAUCUGGCGGAGCGCAUCAGCUUUGCGGCACGCUAUUAUCUCAAGCUAAACGACAGCACCGAGCCGCUUGUGCCGGACGAACUGGCGUUGGAGCUGGUGCGCGAGUCGGGCGUGCAUUUCCUACAGCUCAAUGCGUACGAGCUGGCCAUACAGUUGACGCUACAAGAUUUUGCCAAUUUUCGCCAAAUCGAGUCCACGGAAUACAUUGAUGAGCUGUUCGAGCUGCAGUCCAAAUACGGUGUGCCCAUGCUGAGCAAGUUCUCCGAGCUGGUGAAUCGCGAAAUGUUUUGGGUGGUCAGCGAAAUCUGUGCCGAACACAAUAUCGUGCGUCGCAUGAAGAUCGUGAAGCAGUUCAUCAAGAUUGCGCGCCACUGCAAGGAGUGCCGCAAUUUCAACUCCAUGUUUGCCAUCAUUUCGGGUCUGGGCCAUGGCGCCGUGUCGCGCCUGCGCCUAACCUGGGAGAAGCUGCCCUCGAAGUACCAGCGUUUGUUCAAUGAUCUACAGGACCUGAUGGAUCCGUCGCGCAACAUGUCCAAAUACAGGCAACUCGUCUCUGCAGAGCUGCUCGCCCAGCAUCCCAUCAUACCCUUCUAUCCGAUUGUCAAAAAGGAUCUAACCUUCAUACAUCUGGGCAAUGAUACGCGGGUGGAUGGUUUGAUUAAUUUCGAAAAACUGCGCAUGCUGUCCAAGGAGGUGCGUCUGCUGACGCACAUGUGCAGCUCACCGUAUGAUUUGCUGGCCAUAUUGGAGCUCAAGGGUCAAACGCCCUCGAAUGCGCUCUUCUCGCUCAAUCAGAUGUCCGCCUCGCAGAGCAAUGCAGCUGCCGGCACGGUAAUUGCUGCCAACGCUGGACAGGCUACGAUCAAGCGGCGCAAGAAAUCGACGGCGGCUCCGAAUCCCAAAAAAAUGUUCGAGGAGGCGCAAAUGGUGCGACGCGUCAAGGCCUACUUGAACAGUCUCAAAAUACUAAGUGAUGAGGAUCUGCUGCACAGGCUCUCGCUCGAAUGUGAGCCACCGCAUGGCUCCACCUAUUCGGGCAGCAUUUCGCAUGGCAACAGCUCGCAUCGCAGCGCAGGCAGCGGCAGCAUUGGUGGCACCGGCGGCAGCGGCGGCGGCACUGGCACCGGCAGCAUAAAUGCCGGCGGCGAUCAGCUCAGCAUUUAUUCGCACACCAGCUCCAGUUCGGCGCCAAAUUCAUCGCUGUCGCUGCGCAAGCGACAUCCCAGUUCUCCGACGCUCUCUACAACCAGCUCAACGAGUUCCACCAGCGAUCAUCAGCGUCAGCGCCAGCAGCUACACAAUAAUGGACCCAAAUUUGGUACUGCCUCGCCGCAGGCGGUCAAAAAAAUGCUCUCCCUGUCUGAAUCCUCAAAGAUACGCCCGCAUCAGCCAUUCGUGCCGCGUCACAGUUCCGCGCUGCCUGGCGUCAUCCCGCCGCUGCAUCAUUUGCAUGCAGCGCAUGGCUUCAGCACGCCAGCUGUCAGUGGAGGAGGUGUGGUUGCAGCCGCUGCUGUCUCAGCGGGCGUGGCCAAUGCGCAGUGUACGCCCAGUCCCAGUCCGUGUGCCCAUCGACGCUUGGCAUCUGGAGGCAACAUACUGCCGACACGUGCGAUACACGAGCGUUCCCAUUCGGAUACGCCUGCCCCGCCGCCGCCUUUGCCCUCCGUGGAUCUAUCGCUGGAGAGCAGCAGUGUGACGACAUUUCGUGACCUGCCGCUGCGCAAAUCCGUGACUUCCGGUUCAGUUUCAUCGUGUGACAGCGGGCAUGGCUCCUACGCCCAGCAGCAGCAGCCGCACCAUCAACAACACCACUUGACAUACCAACAGCAGCAACAACAACAACAACAACAACAGCAGCAACAACAAAUAGCACACAAUGAACCGUCGCCACCCGUUUACACGGCUGCUGAUUGCCGCCUCUUGCAGCAAAUUUCAAAUAAUGCGGUCACGCGGAACUUGAAUAGUCCUUGCCAGAGCACCAGCACACCACCCAGCACACCCACACCACCACCACCAACACUACAGCAACAACAACAACAACAACAACAACAAUUAGCACCACCACCGCCACCAACAGCUGCUUGCAUACAGCCACCACAGCUUCCUGCACCGCCAGCGCCCUAUUUGCAUAUGCGCAGUCACCAGCAACUGCAGCAAAUACAACAACAAUUGGCCAUGCCGCCACCACCGCCACCGGUCUACACCAGCAGCCUAUACAAUCAUCAUCAUAGCAAUGCCACAAGCAGACAUCUGAACCACAUGCAUGGUGGUCCGCCAAAUUUUAUGGAUAGCACCAAGUGUACCAUAUGCCCCAUGCCACCCAUGAAUCAAUAAGAAUCAAACUGUGCUGUUUUAACUACUAAAUGUUAAUUUAAUUAGUUCAUAUAUAAAUAUAUAUACGCCAAAAUUUGUUAAUGGUUGUGGUUUCCAUGUCACCAGCAAGAAACACAAGCUCACACAUACACACGCAUCUAUAUACAAUUGUGGCACACCCAAUGAUGAGCUGUUGCCCCCCCGAAACAAAAAACGCACACACAAUGUGCACAUGUGCGUAUUCCAUUUAUAAUUUCUAUCCGUUAACGUUCGAAUACCCAACUGUCACGUAUUCUUAGAUAAGACGCCUAAAGUUUAGUUAUGCUUUAUGUUUUAAGUGGCUUACGAUUAAUUUUAAUUUAGCACAAUUCUUUGUAAACAUUUUCCUCAAAAGCUUACUCAAAAAACAAAACAAAAAAAAAAAAAACAAAAGAAUAAGGAAUCAUCCACAAGUUGUUGCCUUCUCAUCAUGCAUCAAAAGAAACACGUCUGCAGGCAGACCAAACCAGCAGACCUAAUCAAAAACAUUUGCAAUCAAAAAACUCUUUUGAAGACUUUCAGUCGGCAUAAAAAAAAAA